AUGGAGGGCAUGGAUUUUGAGGAUAAGAAGUCCAAGCAGUACUGCAUGAAGACAAAGCAUGUGGCUAUCAUCUGUGGCGUCGUGGUCAUUGUAGGUCUUGCUGUGGGGCUUGGAGUGGGAUUGAGCAGACCUAAACCUCAGCCGGAGGAUCCCCCCCCUACAGGGGGAACAGAACAGCCAACAAAGCCUCCUCCCCCAGUGGAUAUGGGUCCCUGUCCUGCUAAAAAUGAUGAGAAUGGAGACUGGAGACAUUUCAGGCUACCGACUUACGUCAAACCUAUCCACUAUGAUCUGGAAAUAAAGCCUGAAAUGGAGAAUGACAGUUACACUGGGUCAGUGAGUAUUUCUAUUGCUUUGGAAAAACCUACCAGCUACCUGUGGCUCCACCUGCGAGAGACCAAGAUUACAAAAAUGCCCACACUCCGGAAAUCCUCAGGACAGCAGAUUGCUCUGACCGACUGCUUUGGGUACAAGCCACAACAGUACAUAGUGAUGAAGGCAGAAGCAGAGCUCACUGUCACUGAUGAAAGUGACCCCUACGUACUCACCCUGAUGUUUGAAGGCUGGCUGAAUGGUUCCCUGGUUGGGUUUUAUAGGACCACCUACACUGACGGAGGAGUGAUCAAGAGCAUUGCAGCUACUGAUCAUGAGCCAACAGAUGCGCGGAAAUCAUUUCCUUGCUUUGAUGAGCCAAACAAAAAGGCAACUUACAACAUAUCUAUCAUCCAUCAAGACAUGUACGAAGCACUUUCAAACAUGCCGGUACAGCAAACCGUAAAGCUGGGCAAUGGCUGGAAUCGGACAACUUUUGAGAAGUCAGUCCCCAUGAGCACUUACUUGGUAUGCUUUGCGGUGCACCAGUUUAAGUGGGUGGAGAGAAUGUCCGCUAGUGGAAAACCUCUGAGAGUUUAUGCCCAGCCACUGCAAAUACAUACAGCAGAAUAUGCAGCAAAUGUAACAAAAAUUGUAUUCGACUUCUUUGAAGAGUACUUUAAUUUGAGCUAUUCUCUUCCAAAACUAGAUAAAAUAGCUAUUCCAGAUUUUGGGACAGGUGCUAUGGAGAACUGGGGGCUGAUCACAUACAGAGAAACAAACCUGCUGUAUGAUCCCAAGGAAUCGGCCACUUCCAACAAACAGAGAGUAGCUGCUGUGGUAGCCCAUGAGCUCGUUCAUCAGUGGUUUGGAAAUAUUGUGACCAUGGACUGGUGGGAUGACUUGUGGUUAAAUGAAGGAUUUGCCAGUUAUUUUGAGUUCCUGGGAGUAAAUGCUGCAGAACCAGAUUGGCAAAUGCUUGAACAGGUUUUAAUUGACGACGUGCUUCCUGUAAUGAAGGAUGACUCUUUGCUGUCUUCCCACCCGAUUGUGGUCGAUGUGUCAUCUCCAGCUGAAAUCACCUCUGUGUUUGAUGGGAUAUCCUACAGUAAGGGUGCGUCAAUCCUCAGAAUGCUUCGAGACUGGAUUACACCAGACCUCUUCCAGAAAGGCUGUCAGGCAUAUUUGAAGAAACACCAUUUCCAGAAUGCCAAGACACAACAAUUUUGGGAAGCUCUGGAAGAGGCAAGUAAUAAACCUGUGAAGGAAGUCAUGGACACAUGGACUAGGCAGAUGGGCUACCCUGUUUUGGAGAUGGGAAGUAACUCAGUAUUCACACAGAAACGUUUUCUCUUGGAUCCCAAUGCAAAUGCUUCUCAUCCUCCUUCUGAUCUUGGUUAAAAAUGGAAUAUACCAGUGAAAUGGAGACUUGGGAAUUCAACAGAUGAUUAUACUUUCUACAACACAUCAGAACCUGAAGGAAUUCUAAUACCGUCAUCUCCUAACACUUUUGUGAACAUUAAUCCAGACCACAUUGGAUUCUAUCGGGUGAAUUAUGACACUGAAAGCUGGUCCACGUUAAUCGUUCUUCUGGUCAGCAAUCACACAAAUCUUUCAGCUGCUGACCGUGCAGGGAUUUUGGAUGAUGCCUUUUCUUUAGCAAGAGCUGGACUCGUGAAUUACUCUGUUCCCCUGGAGCUCACAAAAUACCUAACAAAAGAAACAGACUAUUUACCUUGGCAUAGAGUUAUCUCAUCUGUAACUUACCUCGCAAACAUGCUUGAAGAUGAUACACAACUCUAUCCCCAGUUUCAGGAAUAUUUUCGUGACCGGGUAAAACCCAUUGUGGAUCAACUGCAGUGGAAUGAUUCUGGAAGCCAUUUAAAAAGGCUUCUUCGUGGGUCUGUUCUAGACUUUGCCUGCAGUAUGGGUGACAUAGAAUCUUUGAACAACGCUUCUCAACUAUUUGAGCAAUGGCUACAAGGACAAACUAUUCCUGCAAAUCUCAGACUCCUGGUAUAUCGCUAUGGGAUGCAGAACUCAGGCAACGAGUCAUCAUGGAAUUACAUGUUCGAGAAAUACCAAGAAACUUCACUAGCACAAGAAAAAGAAAAGCUGCUGUAUGGCCUGGCAUCAGUGAAGAACAUCACCCUUUUGGACAGGUACCUGAAAUAUAUUUACAACACCAGCCUCAUCAAAACCCAAGAUGUGUUCACAGUCCUGAGAUACAUCUCAUAUAACACCUAUGGGAAAACAAUGGCCUGGGACUGGAUACGACUUAACUGGCAGUACUUAGUGGACAGAUUCACUAUCAAUGACAGAAACCUUGGUCGAAUAGUAACUAUUACCCAAACCUUCAACACUGAGCUCCAGCUUUGGCAGAUGCAAAAUUUCUUUGAGAAAUAUCCUAACGCUGGGGCAGGAGAAUUGCCCAGGAGUCAGUCAAUUGAGCAGGUGAAGACCAACAUUGAAUGGCUGAAAGUAAAUAAGGAGGUUAUACGACAGUGGCUAGAUCCACGGCCAGGCCCUUAAAGUCUUACUUUGUUAAAAAUACCAGACACUCAUUUUGGGUACUCAGAUCCUCUGAGAUAUUUAGCAACGUGGAUUUCUCAUGUAGGUACCUUAGAGGACCAAAGCCUAAUAUUUUUCUACAAACACUCAGGAGACCACUGCCAGAGCAAUAUUUGUGUAGUUGCUGCUCCCUGAUCCUGCCAGCACUUGUGUGCAGGAAUAGCUUUAUUUUUUGAGAGAUUAAUCUGCCUGAACAAACAGGACAAAUGUUUAAAGUUACUCAAGACAGAAAUGAUGGCAGAACUGGGGUCCUCGCUGAUCAAGCUGGUCUCACUCCUUCCACAUACCACUCUGAAAAGCUACUUCUUGGUUAGCACAGAAGUAUAUCUAGUACACUCAGGGAUUCCUUUCCAAGUGCACCUCAUAGGAGCUUU